AUGUCCGACUUCAACGCCAUUGCUCAGCAGUUCGUCCAGUUCUACUACAAGACCUUCGAUGAAAACCGCGCUGGUCUCGGUGCCCUCUACAAGGAGCAUUCUAUGCUCACCUUUGAGCAACAACCAACUCAGGGUUCAGCCGCCAUUGUAGAGAAGCUCCAGAACCUGCCAUUCCAGGAGAUCCAACAUCGCACCGACACCGUCGACGCUCAGCCUUCUGCUGACGAUGGUAUCCUCGUUCUGGUCACUGGUGCGCUUCUGCUUGCGGGCGAGUCCAAGCCAAUGAGCUUUACUCAGGCUUUCCAGCUCAAGAACGCUGAGGGCAACUGGUUUGUGCUAAACGACGUUUUCCGUCUCGUAUACCCCGCCGCAUAG